AUGAGCGACACCAUACAAAACGAGGAUCAGCUAAUGGACAGUGGUAACCAUAACGAAUUUCGUCUUUCAAGUCCAGAUCGUGAUCGGAAAGGGGACUCUCCUACUACUGAAAAAUCGACAAGUACAAAGUCCAUUACAAGACAAUCUGACAACUUCAAUGAUGAAGAUUUGGAAGAUGAUGGACCAGGAUUAGAAGAAAUUUUAAGGGAAUUGGAAGAUCUCGAUUCUGACAGUAAUGACGAAGAUGAACCCAUUCAGCAAUCGAAAUCCUUUAAAAUCAGUAGACAGGAGAGAAUCAGAAUGUUGGCUCUUCGACAGUUUUUAAACAAACUUGAUGAAGAUGUCGAAAGAUACGAUGUGCAAGCUGCUCAAUUAAGAGAAGAGGUUAAAAAUUGUCACGAUCGAUUGAAAGCUUUCAGUGACGAAUGUAACGCAGUUGCUGAUGAAAUAGCAGAGCUAGAAGAAAGAAAUAAUAAAGCUGCCAUUUAUCGAUUGCAAUCGCAUUACACGAAGUUGUGCGUUGAAUUAUCUUCGGAACAAGAAGUAGAAACCUCCAUUUCGGAGGAGCUAAAACGAGCUGAGCUAGAUUUAGCAAAAGCCCAGUUGGAGCGUAGCAAGUACGUCUUAUUAAACGAAGAGUUAGAACAGCAAGAGCUAAUAUUGAAAACCAGAAAGGCAGAAAUAGCAACUAUCAGAGCCCACAAGGAGGAAGAUUAUGGCAAGGCAGCCGUUAGAUAUCUCAAAAUGCAACAAAGGAUGGAAAUUGUUAAAGCUCGUGAGGAUGCUGAACGUGUUAAACGGACUGCAAAUGAUGCACUAGAAAAUAGAAAACGAGCUCAAACAUUUUUGCAAGAAACACUCGCCAGAAUGAAGAAGGAAGAGUUAAAAAAGGAAAAUGAAUCUCGAAUGUUGAUUCAGAAGCGAAUGAAUAGUGUUCAAUCCCUUAAGAAACGAAUUGAAGCUACUCGUGAAAAUAUGCGUGCAAUUCAUGCUAGAGAUAUGCAAAAGGCAUAUAACGACCAUUUAAAGGAACAGAAAGAACGUCAAUUUAUCAGAGAACGUGGAGGGAAUCCAGAUGUUGAAAUAUUGCGCAAGCAACAAUUAAAAAAAUUUGACGGAGACAAAAAAAAUUUUGAGGCAGAGAGAGAGCAACGUCAGGUGGCAAUCAUUGAAAAAUUAGUUAAAGAAGAAGAGAACAUUAAAAAGCGCCAGAAACGGCAACCGUAUCUAUUUAAACCUAAACCGAUAAAGGUAAAACCAGAUCAAACUAAAAAGCAGUUAAAAAUAAUAUCUCGACUUGCGGAUGAAUUGUACAAUGAGCCCCACGAUGAUGAUCAUGAUGUAUCGAUCCAAACUCAGUCUUCAGAUGAAGAUGAAAUGAAAGAUGUAAUUGAUGAUGCCAACCAAGCAAUAUCACCAGAAAUUAUUGAUGAUAAAGAAGCUUUUGCUAUACCUGAGUUUCAAGGAAUGUGGAGUCAAAGUGCGGAUAAGCGAGAUGAUUCUAAAUUGUAUGGCCAUUAUUAUAAUUCGGAACAAGCUGACGCUGAAGAUGAAUCGCAACUGCUAGAUCAAGAGCAACUUGGUGAAAAAUAUACGAAAAUGAUACAAAAACAAAUUGUUUCCGGAAGGGAAUUUAAAGGAAAAGCCUUUUCUAGUAAUCCAGAAGUGAUAGUUUUUAAGGAUUUUAGUGUUGGUAAAACUUACAAACAAGUGGUUCAGUUAACCAAUGUAUCGUACAGCAUCAAUUCUGUUAAAUUCUUGGACGUAUCAAAACAGUUGAAGGACUUUAUCGAAAUAAAAUUUAACCCUCCUGGAUACAUGUCUGCCGGUCUAACAUGCAAAAUGAUGGUCAUAUUUACUCCGAAGAUCAACGAAAAUUUAGAAGGGGAACUUAAAUUUCUUGCUCAAACUGGUCCUUUCACUGUCCCAUUAAAAAUCUAUAAGAAAAAAUGCGCAUUGAAAACUAAUGUCGAACGUUUAGACUUUGGCCAGCUAUGUGUUGGAGAAAAGAAGACAAUGCACCUAACGUUGAUAAACGAUGGUGCACUAGACACGGAAUAUGAGAUUACAAGGAUAAUCGAGGUUCCUAAAUCUGCUAGUCCACCAGGAACUAUCGGUCGUAUUACAACUGUCAUCACAGAACAAGAUCCCAAUAAAGGGAAAUUAGCUUUGGAUUACAAAGGAGAACCAAAGCCAACAUCCACCUUUCAAAAAUCAAUCAGUUUUAGGUCUUUAUCGCAACAAAGCAUAAAGAAAGAUGAUAAAAACUAUGAAGCAGUUGGAAGGAAGGAAUCGACGUCUCUAUCAGUUACCGAAAAGUUAAAUCAGCAAGCUGGCAUUGAAGAUUCAACAGAUGCUCAAAAAAUGGGUAAUGAUGAUAAAUCCAAUGCAUCGACAGUUGCACCUGAUGCCUUACCGGAUGACAAGGAUCGGAGCAGCCCAUUAUCGAAUACUGCUGCAGUAACGAGCGAAAAACAAGUCACGAUUAAGGACGAUACAUCGCUAGCAGAAAAGGAAUUAUUAAAUGAUAAUCAACCGCCAGACUUGAUUUCUAUUGAAGAUGACAAGAAAAGUUUAUUACUUAGCGAUAUAACCGAUAAAGGAGAUUCUUUAUCACAAAUAGAAAGCCGGGCUUCAACUGGUACUGUUCUCUCGACCCAUACUGUCAGUGAAGAUUCAGAUGUUUUAGCUAUCGAUAAAAAUAGUGCACUUCAAAUUGGAGAGAAAUUCAAGGGUCAUAUCAACUCGUUUUCAAGUGUUGAAAUUGAAUUAAACUUUGCCCCCUUGGUGACGGGUAGAGCUACUUCAGAUUUUCAAAUAGCUUUUACUGAUCCUGAAUCAGUGCCGAUCGUAGUUACUGCUGUAGGAACAGGGAUUGAUGUUGCUGUUUGGGUCAAGAGACAGGUAAUCGACCUUAAAGUAUGCAUGGUUGACAGAUUAUAUCAAGAUUCUGUCAUCAUUCAAAACAGGGCGACAUCUGCUUUACGAUUACGAUUUGAUGUGCCUAAGCCAAUGCAAGAGCAUCUUGAAAUAUUACCACGCCAUGGUAUCGUUCAAGCAGAAUCCUCAUUUUCUGCUCAAUUAAAAUUUCUUCCAAGGAGAGAUAUUCGUGAAACGUGUAAAAAGUACGUUGACCCAAUAAGCGGUGAAAUGGAUAUACCGAUCACAAUUAAAGUCGCCGACCAGACUAGACCAGUUAUAUUCAACGUUAAGGGCGAAGUGACAGUAUCAGAUAUUGAAUUUUCAGUUGAAGGCGUUGAUUUCGGCUAUUGCACUAUUCAUGAGUCAGUUAUAUCAACUAUCACCAUUGAAAAUAAAUCAUCAUUGCCGCAAUCAUUCGGAUUUAUUGACCUAAAUGAUUAUAUUUCAGUUCAGCCAGGCGAUGGAUUUGGAAUGCUUUUACCUUUCGAAAAGUUGGAAAUUGACAUUAUCUUUAGCCCUCAAAAAGCCGGAGAGUAUUCAUUUGAAUUGACAUGCAAGACAACAGUCGAUCGCAAAUUUAAACUACCUUGUAAGGCUGUAGGUGUAUUACCGCCAUUACAAUUAUCCUCCAAUGUCAUUAACUUCGCUGCAACAGCUAUCAAUGAUGUUAGUAUUUCCACCAUUUUUGUGGAAAAUACUCAUCUUGAUAAAAAUCAAUUUACGCAUCCGGUACCUCGGAUUGGUAAUGGACCCAUCGCAGAUGUUGGAUCAACAUCCUUCGAAUUUGUUGUUCCUGAUGAUUGUCCGGUUACAAUAUCUCCUAAUGUUGGCACUGUUGAACCGGGUCAGCGUAUAGUUGCAGAAGUUAGGUUUUCACCGCGAUUACAAGGCGCAGAUAUUGAAGCGGAGUGUCAACGUAUUACUAUUGCACGACAAGAAACUAAACGAAAAGAAGAAGAGCGUAGAGCAGCAGAUCUGUUACGUCAAGAGAUGGAAGAAAAUGCUCAUAAAAAGAAAAAGAAAGGAGCAUAUAAUAAGAGACCAAUAUCACCCAAGGCUCAAUUGAAAUCUACCGCGUCAGUUCCCUCUAAUAUUACAGCUAAAGUAAAUAAGCAAGCGAAUACAGCUGAUAAGAAUCUUCAGGGCGAAAGUAUUUACAAUACACUUUAUCUUGAAAUUCUUGGCACAGUGGUUAGUCCAGCUUUGAUAGUAAUCUCCAAUAAUGGUGAUAACGUUAUUGAUUAUGGAACAGUUAGCGUCGGUGAAUCUGAAACCAGAUCGGUUAUUAUACAGAAUAUAUCUGACACAACACUCAAGUUAUAUUCAACAAUACUGGACACUGCUGGCCCAUUCGAAAUGAUUAACGCUAUGCGAGUUUUGUCACCAGGAAAUUCUCAUACUGUUUCUAUUUCUUUUACUCCUAAGGAAAAUAAAGAGUUUUUGGAAGUUAUGAAUAUUGUCAGCUCACUUUCGAAAUUAGCUAUAAGAUUACAUGGAAAAGGCGUCGCGCCUAGUAUACAACUAUCAAUUCCAAAUCAUAUUUUAGAUUUUGGCAAUUUAUUAACCGGUGAUGCUAUUGCUGAAACCUUCAAGAUAACCAACACUUCUAUGCUGCCAGUUACGUUUAAUAUCAAGCAGGAUAGCAUUUAUGAGAGGAAUAAAACCGUCAAGCCAUUAGCAAAUUUAGCCAUAGAGAAAAAAUUCGAUGACAAUACUCCUAUCGUCGGUCCGGCUAAUUACAGUGGACUAUGUGUUUUCGAUUGUAGCCCAGUUCAAGGUACCAUUAAGCCAGGCGGAUCGAAAGAAAUUACCGUAAUUUUCUCUCCAGAUCAUCCUAGUAAAUACUAUUCCGAUUUGGUCAGAAUUAUCUUAUUUGAUAGUGUCAAAACAUAUCAUUUAAGAUUAAUCGGAAAAGCAUGGCCAUUGACGUUGUAUGCAUUAGGUGGCGACAGAAUUGAGCCAACUACUGAAUCAUUAUCGACGUCGACAAAUGCAGAUGUCGAAGAAGACCAAAAGUUGGUUAAGAAAGCUCAUCCUAUAUUAUUAAUCUUCAAAAGUUGGUACGGUAAAAAUGGUUAUGUACCUGUUAAUAGGGAGAUUGAAAUUGGUUGCGUUAGAACUGUGUUACAAUCUACCAAAAAGAUUGGAGAAUUUUGGUUUGACGAUUUACAUUCAGCUAGUGCUAAAGGAUUUUCAGUCGAUCCUACUAGAGGAGGCUUAGAUCCUGGAGCUCGAAGAACUAUUGUAUUUACGUGGGCCCCACCAAUUAGCCACAAUCCGAAUAUUCCGGUGGAAUUCGACCUUACUAUGACACUAAAGGAUUACGGAACCGAAACUUAUAAAAUAAUGUUGCGUGCUAAUAUUAAUAUUAAACAUGUAUCCAAUUUGGGUGUCACAGUAACAAGUAUGUGCUACUGA